AGGCACACAUGGAAGCUCGGCGUUACUUGGAACUUAAGAUCGCUGAGGAGUUCACAAGAGUGGACGGAACCACUCAGCUCUAUGUGGCCCAGGAGAGUGUCUUCCCUGGACUAUCAGCUUGGCCAGUCCCUCACGACGCUCCCUACAAACAUAGACUCGAUCGCUGCAUCAUGUUUAUCAAAGAGGGUGGAUUGUACGAGAAAUGGAGUAAUGACCUGCUGAAUGAGAUACGGAGAGAGAGUCGCAUGAGGCAGCGAGAACAAGAGUUGGAACAGCAUGAGAGUGAAGCAGCAAACUCAAAUUCGGAGAAUACCAUCAGGGCUCUUACCGUAAUUCACAUGCAAGGACCCCUGCUCUUACUACUCCUGGGCCUCAGCCUUGCAGCUUUUACUUUUCUUUGUGAAUUUAUUACUGAUUUAAAUUUACAAUCGAAGUGAUAAUGAUCAAAGAAGGGAAAAGCAGCAUUCUACAAUAAAUGAUCCUAGCAUUUCUGACAAAUUAUUGCACAACAUUAUAAAGACGAAAGCAAAAUAUAUGAAAAAUUAUACAGGAUAAGCAAU